AUGCCUUUGCUCAGCGCAAUUUCCAAGUACCAAAAAAUGGGACACUCUUGCUCAGCACAACUUGCAACCUUCGGAGUGUUGGUAUUUGCAGCAGGUUAUUCGCUACAUGGCUUCUUGAAUCGUACUUCGAUUACUAGGAAACGGUUUAGUCGUCGUUCUGAGACUGACACAGAAAGCACAGAGUCAGGCACUGAAUCAGAGUAUGAGUCUGAAGAUGAAAUAGAUAUUGACUCGACUGCCCUUAAUGAUAUUCCAGGUGAGGUGCGCAUGACUUUGGUUGUACGUCAAGACUUAAAAAUGGGAAAAGGUAAAGCCGCCGCUCAAUGUUCACACGCCACCUUGGCACUUUAUAAGAAGAUGUCAGACUCCUCCAGUGCUGCUUACAAUCCAGAGCUUCUUAGAAGAUGGGAAAGAGGCAAUGGUCAAGCAAAAGUGACAUUGCAAGUGCCUAACCAGGAGGAGAUGGAUCUCUUGUUCGCCAAAGCCAUGUCGUUAGGUGUCAAUGCCUACAUUGUUCAUGAUGCUGGACGUACUCAGAUUGCUGCUGGAAGCGCUACUGUCCUUGGACUUGGGCCUGCCCCAAAGUUGGUGAUGGAUCAGAUCACAGGCGAAUUAAAGUUAUACUAG